GGGACGUGCCCUCGGCCCGCUCCCGGCACGGCUGCCAGAGCCGGUGGCCACGUGCGAGCCCGCAGCGCCCUCCUCUCCUCGCUCCCAGCGCGCGCUGGAGGGCACAGCUGGGGACCGAGGAGGCCGGAAGGAUGGGCAGCAAGGAAGAUGCGGGCAAGAGGUGUCCGGCGGCCGGCGGCGUCUCCAGCUUCACCAUUCAGUCCAUCCUGGGCGGGGGCCCCUCCGAGGCACCGCGGGAGCCCGCCGGCUGGCCCGCCAGGAAGCGCAGCCUGUCCGUGUCCUCGGAGGAGGAGGAGCCGGACGACGGCUGGAAGGCGCCCGCCUGCUGCUGCCCGGACCCGCACGGCCCCCAGGAGCCCGGCCCCCAGCACCACCCCCCCAUCCCCUUCCCUUGCCUGGGUGCCCCCAAGGGCAGCGGCGGCGCGGGGCCGGCGAGCUCGCCACACCUGCCUUUCCUUUCUCCUUCGCACCCGGACUUUAAGGAAGAGACGGAGAGGCUCCUGCCCGCGGGCUCGCCUUCGCCGGGCCCUGAGCGGCCGCGGGACAGCGGCGCCGAGCGGCCGGCGGGCGCCGCCAAGAAGAAGACGCGCACGGUCUUCUCGCGCAGCCAGGUGUACCAGCUCGAGUCCACCUUCGACAUGAAGCGCUACCUGAGCAGCUCGGAGCGCGCCUGCCUGGCCUCCAGCCUGCAGCUCACCGAGACGCAGGUCAAGACUUGGUUCCAGAACCGGCGCAACAAGUGGAAGCGGCAGCUCUCGGCCGAGCUGGAGGCGGCCAACAUGGCCCACGCGUCGGCGCAGACUCUGGUGGGGCUGCCGCUGGUGUUCCGGGACAGCUCGCUGCUGCGCGUGCCCGUGCCGCGCUCGCUCGCCUUCCCCGCGCCGCUCUACUACCCCGGCGGCAACCUCUCGGCCUUGCCGCUCUACAACCUCUACAACAAGCUCGACUACUGACCGCGCGCCCGGCCCCCGGCCCCCGGCCCCCGGCCCCCAGCUGCACGCGAGCCUGGCCCGCGCCGCCCGCUCCCAGGGCUGCUCCCCGGCUCCGGAGCAGGCGGCGUGUUGCCAGAAAUAUUAAGAAAUACACCGUGUGUAUUCAUUCUCUCUUAUUUAUGGCCUCGCCCUCUUUCGUGGUAACUGUUUUGGGGACUUAUCGGCACGCCUCAGGCCAGACCUGCUUUCUGCCCCAAACCAACCAGGAUGCUCCGGACACCCAGGUGGCAGGGGUGUCGGGACUCCUGGGGUGGCGGGCAAGGGAGUUCCGGCCAAACCGGCGUUGAUCGGUAGGAAAAGCCAACCAAACAAACAGGAAAACACCACCAACACCGGCACCCUGCUCCCCUCCACACGUCUGCAUACAUGUUCCUGCACACGCGGCCCGCACGCCAGCCCCUGGGGCUUCGGACAAUGAUCUCAACACCGCUUUUUCGUUUCCCUCGUCCCGAGGAUGGGUGGGGCGAAAGGGUGAGGUUUCAGAUCUGUAAAUAUUUUUAAAGAAAAAGAAUAAACCAUUUUA